UCACCGAUAGGAAGCUGUGUUAGUAGUUAACUCUUUCUGAAAUAUUUCGAUUAACUAUUGAUCACAAUCAAAUUUAUAUAUUAUUACAUUAUAUCUAUAUCAACUACAGUGCUAUACCAUUUAGUGCAUUAUAUUAUUAAAAUAUAACGUUUUAGUAAUGAGUUCAAAAACCUUUAAAUAUCUUCGUCGUGAAGGUGCAUUGUCUCAAUAUUGCUGUGUCCCGUCCUGUAAAAUGUCCUCAAGAUUUAAUUCUGUGAUUAGUUUCCACAGUUUCCCUUUGAACAAAGAAACACGCAAAAAGUGGCUUCAGAAUAUCCAGCGUGAGGACUGUGAGGUCAGUCCUAAUAUAAGAGUAUGCAGUCGACAUUUCAGGACUGAUGAUUUUAUUGAGCAAUCGACUCCCACAUCGCGCCGCCUGCUGAAGAAGGGCGCCGUGCCCACGCUGUUCACGAGGAGCAGCUCACCAGUGCGCACCGGGUUAUGGAGGAGAAGACGCAUCCCGCCUCCUUUAAAACAAGAUCCUGUGCCCACGGGCUUCCAGCAUCAGGAGCAUGAUUAUUGCUCAUCUCUCGUCCAGGAUCAUCUGGAAGUGGAUGAGACCGAAGUUCUCCGAAAGGAGUUCGAGCGCCUGAAGAGGCAGGUUGCGUUGUCUGUCCUUCAGAGGUUUUGUUUGGGGCGAUUUGCUGCAUCUGACGAUGACAUACGGUUUUACACUAGAUUUGCAACUUACAACCACUUGAUGGCGUUCUGGAGACUCAUUGAGCCCGUGUCCCACAACAUGUUUCGUGUGACCAGAGUCAGGACAGCUACAGUGAGCGAAGCUGGAGCAUCAGGCAGUACAUCUCGUCAAUCCAUGCAGCCCAUAGAUGAGUUUUUCCUCUUCAUGGUCCAUCUCUCAGUUGGUCUAACAGAGAGAGAUCUAGCCCACAGAUUCAAUAUCUAUCAGUCCGCCGUGAGUCCAAUCAUUACAAGUUGGGCCAGUUUUCUCUACGCCAUUCUUGGAUCUGUGCGCAUCUGGAUGUCUGAGGAGGCGGUCAAGGCUCACAUGCCAAAGGAGUUUCAGAACUAUCCAGACACACAUGUUGUGAUAGACUGCAUAGAGCUGCGUUGCAAAACACCAACCUCUCUUCUGCUUCAAGGUGAAGGGUCCCACUGCACCUACAAGGGUUUAAUUGGCAUGGCACCGCAUGGUGCAGUCACUUUUGUGUCAUCCGUGUGUGCAGGAUCUGUCAGUGACAAGGAGCUUCUGAAGCAGUCUGGGAUUGUGUCAUUCCUGAAACCUGAAAUGGCCAUUAUGGUCAAAAAAGGUUUUUUUAUAGACAACUAUGUACCGUGCAAAGUUUACCGACCUUCCUGUCUGCUAAAGCAGGAAAAGAUGCCAGCUGAGGAAGUGAGGGAAACUCAGUCCAUUGCUCAGCUCAGGGUCCACAUUGAGCGUCUUAUUGGCAGGGUGAAGCAACACAAGCUGCUGGAUACGGUCAUUCCUCUCUGCGACACCAGGACCAUCAACCAGCUAUACACUGUUGCUUGCCUCCUUAUAAACUAUCAGAAUGGCCCCCUGUUAAAAGCAUGGGCAAAUGAUUAAAGACUGAGCAAAUGAUUAAACACCAGACAAAACACUGCUGUUGGAGGAUAGAUUAAAGGACUGUAAUGUAAAUGUAUAGAUAAAAAUAAACAUGCAAAUAUAAAUAACUUUGAUACUAUGUUUCUGCAUGCAUGUAAAUAUAAAUAACUUUGAUACUAAGUUUCUGCAUGCAUGUAAAUAUAAAUAACUUUCAUAGUGUUUGUGUAAACAAAAGAUUUUAUAAACCUUUUCUUGUAUGCCACUGUUAUGUAAACGUAAUUAUAAAAAACUUUGAUACUGUGUUUCUAUAGCUAGUUAUUUAUGUUUACAGUGGAAAAGUUUUAUAAAGUUGUUUAUAUUUUUACAGAAACACUGGAUCAAAAAGAUAAAUUUGCCUAUGUAACUUUUAUACGAUGUGUCUGUAAACAUGUAAAUAUAAAUAACUUUGAUACUGUGUUUCUAUAUGUUUACAGUGGAAACGUUUUAUAAAGCUGUUUACAUUUUUACAGAAACACUGGAUGAAAUAUAUAAAUGUACCUAUGUAACUUUUAUACAAUGUUUCUGUAAACAUGUAAAUAUAAAUAACUUUGAUAGGGUUUAUGUAAAACAAACAAAAACUUUAGAGUGUGUUUUUUUUUUCUUACACCACUGUAAUGGAAACAUGCAAAUGUAAAUAAUGUACGGAAACAGUAUCAAAGUUAUUUAUGCAGUUAUUUUCCUGUAUGCCACUGUAAUGUUAACAUACACAUAACUUUGAUAUGAAUCAAAUAUCUGUAUUUUAUGUAAGUAAUAAUUAAUAAAAGAACUGUGCAGUGUUAAACUACUUUUUUUUUUUACAUUGCAAGAA